GACAGGAAAGGGGAUCCCGUCCUGCCUUAAAUGAUCGACUCUGCAAGGGGCUGCCUGGGCUUCCCAUGCAUUUUAUUUUGCACGGCUUGGGGGGAGCGGCUGUCUCCGUGGGGGAGCCUUGCUGCAGCCCGGGGACUGGCCUUGUUUUACGCAGAGGCAAAUGACAACACAAGCCGGCUUCACUGGAAUGUUUGUGAGCCAAGAUUCUCAGCAUAUUUCUCUUUGCCCAAAGACACUGCAAGAUGGCGCUGGACUCCAAAACAGGUUGUGCUUCCAUGACUGAGAGUGAGGAGAUUUCUUUACACCUCGAGCUCUCCGGACCCGGAGCCUUACCUGACAGAACCAAAGAGAGCAUUUCCACAUCUCAUGUGCAGGAAGAAGCAUCUGUAGAUCUCGCAGGUAACCCCAUGGAUCAGAGGAGGAGUGUAUCCCAAGAGGGACUCUCGGCAGAUGUCGGUGAAUCGGAAAAUGUGCAGGCACUUGGGAAGGCUGGCAGACGCAAGCUGCGCAUCGGGGAAAGUGCAGAGCCUGUCUCCCAUCGCCUUAGACGUCAAAGAAUCUACAAAGCAGAGAAAACCCGCAGUUGCACGCACUGCGGGAAGCACUUUGGCUGGAGAGUGAACCUAUUGGGAGAGAAAACCCAGGCAAGAGUGACAUGCUCAAGCUGCGGGGAGCUGAUGAGUCAGAGCACGCAGCUCCCAGUGACCAGGAAAAUGCGUAAGAGGGAGAAAGCGCAUCAAUGCACUGCCUGCAAGCAGGUCUUUGCGGGGAGCUCAGAACUGGCUGUGCAUAAGAAAGUCCACAAAGCAGAAAAGCCGUACAAGUGCCUGGAUUGCGAGAAGCGUUUUUGCUCCAAGGCAAACAUGCUCAGGCACCACCAAAUCCAUACCGGACAGAAACCGCAUCAGUGCUUAGUUUGCGGGAACACCUUCCGGCAGCAGGAGCAGCUGAUUGCGCACGAGAGAACACACACAGGCGAGACACCCUUCCACUGUGUGGUGUGCGGGAAAGACUUCAACAGGAAGUCGGUCUUCCUGACACAUCAGAGAAUCCACACGGGCGAGAGGCCAUACAAAUGCUCCUUCUGCAACAAGCGGUUCAUACGCAGGGCCUACCAUGCUAUCCACGAGAGAAUCCACGCCCGGGAGAAGCGGUACAAGUGCUCCGAAUGCGGGCAGAGCUUUAACUGGAAUUCGGAGUUCAUCGAGCACUUGAGGACCCACACGGGAGGGAAGCCCUACAAGUGCCUAGGCUGCGAGAAGCGUUUUGGCUGGCACUCGGACCUUAUCAGACACCAGAGAAUCCACACGGGCGAACGGCCCUACAAGUGCGCCCACUGCCGGAGGGGCUUCGUCCAGAGGGCGCAGCUCCUCUUGCACGAGAGGACCCACACCGGGGAGAGACCCUACAAGUGCUCCUACUGUGGGAAAAGCUUCAGCCGAAGCUCGGUCCUCAUCAGGCACCUCCUACUGCACACCGGGGAGAAGCCAUACAACUGCCUGGACUGCGGGAAGAGCUUCUGCGAGAGGGCCCAGCUCGUUUCCCACGAGGUGACGCACGCCGAGGAGAAGCCCUACAAGUGCGCGGACUGCGGGAAAAGCUUCAGCUGGAAGUCGGCCUUCACUCGGCACCGAAGGAUCCACACGGGAGAGAAACCCCACAAGUGUCCCGAUUGUGGGAAGAGCUUCAUUCGAACCACCCACCUUGCCACCCACCUAAGAACCCACGGGCGGGAGACAGACAGUGAUGCUUUAAUCGGGGAGGACAUUUUAAAUGAAGGUGGUGGCUUAGUGUAGAAUGAAGAAUCCCUGCAAGGAGCAGUGGCUGAGAUAGGGGGUUGCCAUGCCAACCUUGCCAGCCAGACUCCCAACUACCCGAUUUCGUACUGCUGUCUAGUCCAGGGAGUGGCAGCCACUGCCUGUCAGCUUCCUCCUCUUUAGUCUCAGUGUUUCCCUGGAAGAAUUCAGCAGGGAAGAUGGCAGGACAGAACUAGAAUUAAUCGGCUCUGCCUGACAUUGGCUCUCUGGCGCCACCUACCGUCAGGCUUCCUGUGUCCCGCCCCACCAGGCUAAACAGUCACCACCCACCACUGCAUACAGAGGGGUAACCAUCUCAACGUUUGAAGCUUUGGGCUGGCAUAGCAGAGCGCGACCCAAAAGCCCUCUGAACAAAUCAUACCUCAGCCGCGAGUUCGCUAGUUGGCCUUGGCCAAGCGCCCAGUUUUAAGAGCCUCGACUUCCCCUUCUAAACACCCGUGUAAAGAAUUCUGGGAACUGUAGUUUGUUAAGGGUGAUGAGAGACAUUAGGGGACACACCCACCCACCCCAGCCGCCUAUUCCGCUCACGGCGCUCACAAUUCCCAGACCGAUUUUCAUUCCUUCUUCCCAGGGAGUUGUAAAUGUAGCAUUCUGAGGGAGAAUAGAGGGGAUCUCCCAACACUCUUACAGUUCCUGGGGUUCUUUGGGAGAAGCCAUGGCUGUUUAAAGUGGUACCAUGCUGCUUUAAGUGUAUCUUGCAGGUGGGGCCGCACUGAGAUAAUAUCAGCGGUAUGCGCUUUGUAUGGCGAGGGAGAAUGAACCAGAGUUGGGGGCAGAGAAGUAUGGGAUGGCUGAGCUGGGGUAGCAUGGGGGAAAUUCGUCAGAGCCCCUCAAAGGAAACUCUGUGUGAAUCUUCAAGCCCAGAAGAGGAGCCAUCAUUGCUGUUACAGCAGACGGAGAUUCACAUCUAGUUCCCAAGAUUUGGUCCUAUGAGGCAAAGGCGCUAGUCCUCAACGUAAGAAUGUGAUGUAUACGCCUCACUGUUGUUAUUCUUUUGUUGGUGAUGUUCUUCUGUUUCCUUGUGUCCAAUGCAGUCUUUACUUCUCUUGAGCCCAUCUCUUACAUUGCUUGAUAAAGCUAGUUGGUUUAUCUCUAGUUCUUCUCUUUCUCACUCUGCCCCCUGUUAACAGGGCUGGGAUACAAAGAACAUGCAGGUUUUAUGCUAAAUGUCAUGGACGUGUGCUUGGAGUGUAUCUGACACACAGACAACUUUCUUCUUAGGAUCAGGACCAAGGAGAAUCUGCUGGUAUAUUUUUUAGUUGAACUCAUAUUUGCACAGCACUGAUUGGCCAGUCCUGAAUUGGCCAGUCCUUGUGUCAGUCCUGAAUUUUCAGAGUUGGGCUGUUGCACAGCAUUGACUGUCACUCAUGAAACAACGAACCCUCCCUUACUGGAACAGACUUAAAAUCUGCUCAUUUAAUCUGGGAGAAUUAUUAUUAUUAUUAUUCAAUCAAAACAUUUCCAGUCAACUGGUCUAACCAUUGGAUGAACUUAAUGUUGCAGCCCUAACUGAAACACACACAAACAUUAAAUAAAACAGACUACAUAUUAUUAAAAUGUUUUAAAACAAUCAAAAACAAAAGUGAUCUCUGCAGCAAGGCAAAUGGAUUACAGAAAUGUAACACAGUGGAUUAGCAAGUGAAUGUAGCAAGUGGAUUACAGAAAUGUAACACAGGCAGGAAUUCAACAGGUGCAGCAAUGGGUGUAAGCUUGCCCUUUUAAUUUCUGCAUACUGUGGUGCCCCUGUUAAGAGUUAGCUAGGGAUAUUAAUACUACCUGCCAGGUUUCAAUAUAAACUUCCUUGACUGUGGAGAAUCGGAACAAGAGAUUUGGUACAGCUUGACGUAUCUGAAAUGAGAGCUGAGCGAAAGGAGGCUCGUAAUGCCCACCUCAAAUAAGAGAUGAGCAUCAGAAUGCCAAAUUCUUCUCUGGCUGAGAUUUAAAAUCUGUGCCGGAGAAUAAUUUCAAGAUUAACUUGCCCUCCAGCUAUGCAACACACCCACCCACCCUGCAUGGCAGCUCUGAAGGGAAGGGAUGUAGCUCAAGGAAGGCCUGCUCUGGACGCAGAAAAUCCCAAGUUCAAACACAGGCAUCUCCAGUUUAGGUCUGGGAAGGAUUUCUGCUUGAAAACCUGGAGCACUGCUGCCAGUCAGUGUAGACCGUAUUGAGCUAGAUGGACCAGUGGUCUCACUCCGUAUAAGGCAGAUUACUACAAAGCUUCUAUCUCCCCAAGAGUUCCUCUGGAACAGGCACCCCCAAACUGUGGCCCUCCAGAUGUUUUGGCCUACAACUCCCAUGAUCCCAAGCUAACAGGACCAGUGGUCAGGGAAGAUGGGAAUUGUAGUCCAAAACAUCUGGAGGGCCGAAGUUUGGGGAUGCCUGCUCUGGAACCACUCCUAGCCACACAAAAUGGAAAUUUAUUACUGACAGGUUUUAUGUGGAGAGGAAAUUUGGAAUGGGGUGUUUGGUACAGGCGCGUGGAUGCUUGAAUUUGGAUUUUCUUGGUGUUAUGGCUCUGAGCCAAGACUGUUCAGAGGCAAAGACCAAAAGCAGCAUAGAGAGGGACUUGGUUCCUAGACCUUCGCAGAUAGUCCCCCCAUCACUGUAGGAUCCUGCACCCCGUCCCCUGGGAACUGCUGCCAUCAGCCUCACCCAAGUUGUUGCCCUUCCAAACCUCACCAGCUCCAACUGGCAUAGCAUGAUUUCCCCAGGUGCCGACACAGCCUCUAGAUGUGGGGUUGCGACUCCCAUAAUCCCCCACUGGGAGUUGUAGUUCAGCAACAACUGGAAGGCCGUGGGCUAGUCCCCACAGCUACUGAUGAGAACAUCAUGGGCUAAAGGACUGUUAUCCAUUAAUUUACAGCAAGUGUUAAAUCGGUUUCAUCCACAGAUGGGAUCUUGACUAAAAACGAGGCACUCAACACAUCCCACCCAAUGGUGGUUUCCCAAAUUGUGGCUGGGUUUGGCGGCGUGCUUUUUAAGAGACCCAGGUUCAAAUCCCCACCCCUCCCUCAGCUAUGAAGCUCACUUGGUGGCGUUUUUUGAGGUAAAAGUCAGCCUCAUCUACCUCAAAGGAUUGUUGGAAGGAUAAAAUGGUGGGGGAAACGGAGCCUUUAAAUCAGAGCUUUCCAAACGGUGUGUCGUCUGAAAUGUGAAGGUCUGUCACGGGAAUGCUCCCGGGGGCUAGAAAAGGGUUAGUUUAACCCAGGGGGUUCCCAAGCUAAGACCCGGGGGCCGGAUGCGGUCCAAUUGCCUUCUCAAUCCAGCCCGUGGAUGGUCCGGGAAUCAACAUGUUUUUACACGAGUAGAAUUGAGUCCUAUUAUUUAAAAUGCAUCUCUCGGUUAUUUGUGGGCCUGCCUGGUGUUUUUACAUGAGUAGAAUGUGUCCUUUUAUUUAAAAUGCAUCUCUGGGUUAUUUGUGGGGCAUAUGAAUUAGUUCAUUAUUAUUUUUUCCAAUAUAGUCCGGCCCCCCACAAGGUCGGAGGGACAGUGGACCGGCCCCCUGUUGAAAAAGUUUGCUGACCCCUGGAACCUCUGGUUUGCCAGUAAAACUGAAUUGCUGUGUCAAAAAAUAAUGCAUGUCUAAAAAGUGUGUCACCAACAUGAAAAGUUUUGAAAGCUCUGCUUUAAAUUCUUUGGGAAAAGAAGUCUAUAAACAGAUUUAUUCCAAGUUGGGGUGUUUGUGUGUGUGUGUACAUCUUAUCUACAUAGACCAAGAGUAUUGACUUAACCUAAGUACCAGUAAUAUAUAUUUUUUAACCAUUAGGACAGGGAAGCCCCCUCCAGAUGGAGCUCCGACACCCAUCAGACACAGCCAGAAAGGUUAGGGAUGCUGAGAGUUGUAGUCCAAGGGUGUGGCAA